AUGGAAGGAGGGUGCCAGGAGGGAGGCCUGGGCUAAGUUGGAAGAUGAUAAUUACAACAUGGAUUGUGUACAUUCUUGCCCGGAAAGGCGUAGGACUCCCCUUCCCACCAAAGACUAGCUCGGACAUUGAAGUUGUGGAAAGUGAGGCUGUGUCUGUAGUGGAGCAUUGGUUGAAAAAAACGGAAGAGGAGGCUUCCAACGGCAUUAAGGAGAAGCUGUCCACCAACACCUCUCCCACUCACGGCCAAGACAUACAUGUGACCAGAGAUGUGGUGAGGCACCAACUCUCAAAGGCCGAUUUGUGCACCAACCCGAGUCAGGAAGUCCUGGAGGAGAGAACAAGAAUCCAGUUCAUAAGAUGGAGCCAUACCCGCAUCUUCCAAGUGCCAAGUGAGAUGAUGGGCGAGGUCAUGCAAGACCGGAUCGAGCAGGUGAGACGCAGCUUAUCCCACCUGACCUGUGACUCAGCUCAGGACUCAAGCGUCAGAUCUGCCUUCGCAAACUGUUGAGAGCAACAGGUCGAAACCAUCCAGUCAAGGAGCAGCCUGUGUGAGAGGAACCUCUGACUUGACCUGCAAGCACAGGCCUGGGCACAGGGACUCCAGGGGUGAGCCGUGGGUCGUGCAGAGGCUGCCCUGGAAUCCUCUUGCUGAACUGCUAAUAA